CCUCUCUCCAGGCAGAAAAGGCAGCUCAAACCACCGUGUGUUCCCUAUACUAAACAGACCAGGUGCAGCCUGGGAUCCCCAGCACAAUGUCCAAACUGGUGGAGUGUGUCCCCAACUUUUCUGAGGGGAAUAACAAAGAGGUGAUAGAUGCCAUUAGUGAGGCCAUCUCUCAGACACAGGGCUGUGUCCUGCUGGAUGUAGAUGCUGGCCCCUCUACCAACCGAACAGUCUAUACAUUUGUGGGGACUCCAGAAGAUGUCGUCGACGGUGCUCUGCGGGCAGCCAGAGUGGCUUUUCAGCUCAUUGACAUGAGCAGACACAAAGGUGAACAUCCCCGGAUGGGUGCCCUGGAUGUCUGCCCUUUUGUGCCAGUGAUGAAUGUCACCAUGGAAGAAUGUAUUCACUGUGCCAAUCUGUUUGGGAAGCAACUGUCCACAGAGCUUGGGGUACCUGUGUACCUAUAUGGAGAAGCAGCACGGAAGGAGAGCAGGAAGUCUCUACCUGCAGUCCGAGCUGGGGAAUAUGAAGCACUCCCUGAAAAGCUGAAGAAGGCUGAGUGGGCUCCUGAUUUUGGCUCUCCAACCUUUCUGCCAAAAUGGGGGGCCACAGUAACUGGGGCCCGCAAAUUCCUCAUUGCAUACAACAUCAACCUGCUAUGUACAAAGGAGCUGGCCCAUCGUAUUGCUCUCAACAUCCGGGAGCAAGGUCGUGCACAGCACCAGCCUGGGCGCUUGAAGAAGGUCCAAGGCUUGGGCUGGUAUUUAGAUGAGGAGAAUAUUGCCCAGGUCUCAACAAACCUGCUCGAUUUUGAGACCACAGCCCUCCACACUGUCUAUGAGGAAGUCUGCAAAGAUGCCCAGGAGCUGAACCUGCCAGUGGUGGGCUCCCAGCUCGUGGGUCUCAUCCCUAAGGCGGCCAUGCUCGCUGCAGCAGAGUUCUACAUUAAAAAGGAGAACCUCUUCAUUGUGGAGGAGGAGCAAAAAAUCCGACUGGUGGUCAGCAGGCUGGGCCUGGACUCCUUGUCUCCGUUUAAUACCAGAGAGCGCAUUAUUGAGUACAUGGUGCAGGAUGGCAAGGAUGGGAGCCUUGUGUCCAAGUCUCUUCACAGCUUUGUGCGUGCAGUUGGUGCAAGGUCAGCAGCUCCAGGAGGAGGAUCAGUGUCUGCAGCAAUGUCUGCUAUGGGGGCAGCCCUGGGCUGCAUGGUGGGCCUGAUGACAUAUGGGAAACGCCAGUUUGAGGAGCUGGACUCAGUCAUGAGGAAUCUGAUCCCUCCUUUCCACCAGGCCAUGAACGAGCUGAUCGCAAUGGUAGACACAGACUCCCAGGCUUUCACCAGUUACAUGGAUGCAGUGAAGCUGCCUAAGAGCACCUCUGAAGAAAGAGAAAAGCGUGAAGCUGCUAUGCAGCAGGGGCUGAAGAAGGCUGUGAAUGUCCCUUUUGCAAUGACAGAGAAGGUGAAUUCCUUGUGGCCUACUUUAAAGGAGAUGGCUCGGCAUGGGAAUCUUGCAUGUAAAUCAGAUAUUCAGGUGGCAGCUAAAGCUUUAGAAGCUGGAGUGUUUGGUGCCUAUUUCAACGUAAUGAUCAAUCUCAAAGAUAUAACAGAUGAGGAGUUUAAGAAAAUGAUGUAUGGAAAAGUUUCCAGUUUCUUGGAAGAGGCCAAGAGUAGCGCUGCAUUUGUGCUGAGACUGCUCGAGAGCCGGGGAGUGUGAAGGAGAUAGUCACUAUGGGAGACGCCAGAGUUGAAUCCCGGCUUUGAUGGGCUAAAUUUCAGAGAAUACAAAUGUGAAAUGGUCA